UGCGUGCAGCAGCUUGUACGCCUGGGAAAGCCACAAGGAAUCUCUGCUUAUGGGUGGAAAAAGAGUAUCACAGAAUGCUCGUUACUGUUUACAGACUGCCAGCAUCCCAUAAUGAAGUUAACUUUACAUCUACAGCAGCUUGCGUCCUGGUGAGAGAGCACGGAGCCCGCUGGAAUCCGAGUGCUCAGCAGUGCCGGAGCAGAGCGUGUUCAGUGAGAGGAGACAGGGAACGGAGGAUCUGUGGAAAGGUAUCUGAGUUCCCUCAUGAGAAGUGUCCUCCCUGCCUCUCAUGUGCAGCCCUACCUGUUCAUGGGUAGCACCAGCUUAACUGAUGUCCUGAAGAGCAUUCCUCACCAUGGAUAGUCCACCCAAACUGACUGGUGAGACGCUGAUUGUCCAUCACAUUCCCCUGGUGCAUUGCCAGGUCCCUGAUAGACAGUGCUGCUCUGUGAGCAAAAGGACCAACCCCUUCUGCCAGCCAGAGCUCAGCAUUACACGGACCUCUGCCCUUCCAGACAGAGACCUUUCACAGACUGACUCCUUGGUGUACAGCAGCUUUCUUCAGACCUCCGAAACCUCAGCAGAGGCCUCAGACAACAAAGAAGGCAAAGCAAGGGAUUUGAUUGUCCCUAGUGUCAGUAAGCGACAUAACCCUUUCCUGCUGAGUGAGGGUGAAGACCUCAGCAUCUUUGGGGAUGACUUGGGUCAAAAAUCUUUCCACCUUCACAACUCACUUGUGGCUGGCAAACCUCCCUUUCAUCUGCAUGAGCUGGCCUUGCCCCCUUUCCACCUCCACGACUCCAACCACAUUGUGAAAUCCUGGAACAUGGCCAGCCGGUCCGGUGUGGUAGACGGACAAGAGGACAAAAUCAGCAGUGAUGACGUCCAGAGGAGGAACAACGCGAACAGGUGCCACCAGGCCUCAGAACGCAUGGAGCUGGAUGAAUGCAGCUGCCAUCGCGGCAGCUCCUCCAGCUUCUCCUUCGAUGGCGGUGACCAGGAGUGGAACCAGAACACAGGUGAAUCACUGAGGAAUCAGGAUGCCCUGCACAGCCGGACAUGCAGCUGUUCCAGCUCGGAGCUCCAGCACUGUCGCUGCUACAGUUCAUCAAGUCAAUCUGAAGUGAUUGAUCAACAGAUGGGCUACAUCAGUGACUCUUCCUGCAACAGCUCUGAUGGGGUGCUGGUGAACUUCAGUGCUCUCUACAACAAAAUGAAUGGCCAUUCUCGAUCUAACCUAAAUUCAGCCAACCUGUCCUGUGACUCUUCCUUCUGCAGCCACUCAGACACAGGAGCUUUUUAUCUGGAUUUGCAUUCAUCACCCACAGAAUCCAAGAUGUCUUGCGAGUCGCAUCACCCAGAGAGUUCAGGGAAGGUGUGUGGGUGUCAACACUCCUCCUCACCUGUCCUCGAUGCUAACUGCAACUCCUACCACCUCCACUGUGAGCCUUGCACUUCGGAGAGCUCAGACCUCACUGCCUGCUUACAGAGCCAAGCACGGCUCGUUGUGGCUACUCAGAAUUAUUAUAAGUUAGUCACAUGUGACUUGUCUUCCCAGUCAUCCCCCAGCCCAGCAGGAUCUUCCAUAACUAGCUGCUCAGAAGACCAUACCAAAGGUAGCCCAGCCCAGCCCACUGAAUACUAUCUGUUUAGAAGGCCUAACCUGAGACAAGAAGAAAGCAACGUGGACUGCAGUGAAGAGGAGGCAAAGGGAGAAUCCACCCAGAACAUGAUUGAGGGUCAGGUCUAUGUGAAUGUGUCACCACCUAACCUCAACACAAGCCGGCAGCGCUCCAGGAGCUAUGAUCAGAACCUGGACAGGAGUCCCAGCAGCAGGCUGGGCUCCUUGGAGCGCAUGGUGAGCUGUCCGGUCAAGCUGAGUGAAAGUCCGGCAAUACCUAUCCAGAGUUCUCCCCCAAAGCGAGUGACAUCUUUUGCUGAACUGGCUAAAGGCCGGAAAAAGAAUGGCACCUCCCCACCCCUCCGAUCCAGUGGUGAUUCCUCCUUGGAGUUCUCCCCUAUCCCUGAGACACAGCGGGAUUGCCCAGCCUUCCUUGAAGAAAGAGCUCGCCGCAGCCAGAGUCUUCCACCCAUGCCCUUCGUCCAUGGCCUGAACCGGAGCUGCGAGGGCUUCUGUUUGAAUCACGCUUUUGGGGACAGCCAGGCUUUGUCUUCCACCAAAGACUCAGUCUCCAGUGAGAAGGUCCCCAGUGGGCAUGGGGCAGGUGAGCAAGCCUCUCUCUCCCUGCUGACGGAGGCAGAUGCCAGCUUCUCAGGUGGCUCUGCCAGUGGCCACGGACAAAGAGAUGUUAGAGCCCGAGCAGACGGUGGUGGCACAGACAGCAAGCCUGUGGUACGCUACAGCAAGGACCAGCGUCCCACGACUCUGCCCAUCCAGCCCUUUGUUUUCCAGCACCAUUUCAGCAAGCCACCCAAGGCCCGUGCCCUGCACAGCCAUUUUGCCUCCAGCCUUUCCCAGCUCUACAGCUUGUCCAGCAACCGGCCUGCCAGCCAGCAGAUCUCCUCCAAUUCCCAGUCCUCAGCCUCGGUCACCUCAGCAGAGCAGGCAGCAGUGGCGGCAAGCCAAGCCCACAGCGCGCUCCUGACCCAACGCUCAGCGGACGGAGCUGCCUCCCGCAAUGAUGGCUGCAUUAAGAAGCCUGCCCCCGAGACAACCCGGCCGUCCCCCCUGGGGAGUUACUCUCCUGUGCGAUGCAACGUGCCUUUCUUCGAAAGCGUGGACUCCUCUUCCUCGCCCACCGCGGAGAGAGCUGGAGAGAGCCAGCCCCCCAGGAGCAGGUCCUGCCCUAUCUCCGCCAACCUGCUUCCCACAAGGUCUUCCCCUGCUGUCAGUGCCAUGCAGCCCUCCCAAGCCACCAAAGCUGAUGCCCUGAGGCAAAAGGAGAACCCCAAGCCGGUUCCCAAGAAGGAGGCACCGCUGGAGCCAAGCCCACCACUCUCUGAGUACCGACUCCACAGCGGGUCCCUCCCGCCCCUCUCGGUGGGUGGUACGCCUGUGAGCAGAGUAGGAGGCCACGCAGAUCCCCACUGGAGAAGUGGCAGUGAGACCAGCAGCUCUGGUCCUCUGAGCAGCAUGGGAAUACAGCCCCUCAACGCGAACCACCUCCCCCAAGCGCUGAAGUGGCGAGAGUACAGGCGGAGGAACCCCCUGGGUCUGGACCGCAUUUCGGGGCUGCCCGGCUUCGCAGGCAGCCUAGACAGGAGGCAGCAGGAGCCUCGGCUGAACCGGGGGAACCCCAUCUUUGAGCUCCCUGGCACUCUCAACACCAGCCCUUUCCACUGCAAGCUGAACGGACAGUCUAUGAGGCAACUACAGCUUACCUACACUGACUUCUUCCCUGACUACUUCUCACUAGCAGAGAAACCCCCUGCUGAGUUCUGCCUUUCCCCAGAUGGCAACACAGAGUCCAUCUCCAUCGACUUGCUGCAGAAGAAGGGUCUGGUGAAGGCAAUCAACACUGCUGUUGACCUGAUUGUGGCUCACUUUGGAACCAGCAGGGAUCCAGGAGUGAAGGCCAAACUUGGGAACAGCUCCGUGAGCCCCAACGUGGGGCAUCUCAUCCUGAAAUACCUGUGCCCUGCUGUCCGGGACAUUCUGAGUGACGGGCUCAAGGCUUACGUCCUGGACAUGAUCAUUGGCCAGAGGAGGAACAUCCCCUGGAGUGUGGUGGAGGCGUCCACCCAGCUAGGCCCCUCUACCAAGCUGCUGCACAGCCUCUAUAGCAAGGUCAGCCAGUACAUGGAGCUCACCAACCACACCAUGAGGUUCAACGCAUUCAUCUUUGGCCUCCUCAAUAUCCGGUCCUUGGAGUUCUGGUUCAACCACCUCUACAACCAUGAAGAUAUCAUCCUGGCACACUACCAGCCGGUGGGCUUCUUGUGCCUGUCUCACAGCGUGUGCCAGCCUCUUUUCGAGGAGCUCCUGCUCCUGCUCCAGCCUCUCUCCCUGCUGCCCUUCAACCUAGACCUCCUUUUCGAGCACCACUUGAUGCAGAUGGGCAAAGAGCAUCAGCAGCAGAAGGAGCUGCUGCGUGUGAAGCAGGACCUGCUGCUUUCCGCACACUCCACCCUGCAGCUGAUGCGGACGCGGGGCAGCAGUGAGGAUCCCGAUGGCUGCAGCACCGCCCCUGAAGCAUGCAAAGUGGGUGCCAGAGAUGGUGACAUCUCACCAGGCCACAGCCCCCAGCAAGCUGCGAGUGAGAGGGUCAAGGGAGUGGGGGCCUCCUGCGGAGAGGGUGACAGGGAGGAAGAGCGGAGGAAGAUGCGAGAGAGUGCAUGGGAGGGGAAGAAGGACAAGCAGGCGGGCUGGUGGUACCAGCUCAUGCAGAGCUCUCAGAUUUACAUUGAGGGCUCGGCUGAAGGCUCAAAGUUCAUCCGCUAUGAGAAGAAGAAGAAGGCUUUGAAUACUAUGCCCAGGUCAGCGAAGACCUGCAAGGCACCACCGCCCCGCGAAGGGGUGGUGGAGGGUGCAGAGGCUUGCCCCAUUGCUCAGGGCACCUUGGAGGAGAGGCCCAAGGCUGCCAGCAAGCCAAGUCCUGAAGCCGUGGAAGAGCCCUUGGAAAAGACCCAGCAGGUACCGGUCAGCGAAGAGGUGAAGGAACGGAGCUGGCCCUUCUGGAUGGGCAGCCCCCCAGACUCAGUGCUUACAGAGCUGAAGCGCAGCAAGGAGAAGGAGACUGGGACUCAGCAAAGAGUGGGAGCAGCACCAGUAGCCCCCCAAGAGGAGACCAGCACCAAUGCAUCAGAAGGCAGUCAGCCCAUCAAGUGGGGACAUUUGUUUGGGUCCAGAAAGGUGCAAAAAGAGCCUAGGCAGCCUAACAGGUUGCCCUCCGGCUGGCUGAGCUUGGACAAGUCCGUGUUCCAGCUGGUGGCCCAGACGGUCGGGGCAAGCAUGUGGCGAGAAGCAGCCCCUGAGCCGGAGCCCCCCCGGCCAGAGCCACCUGAAGUGCCCCCCGUGGUGCGGCCGGCCCGGGGGCUGUCUCCCCACCCUCCCUGUGAGGUGAAAGCUCUUUGCCAUCACAUUGCCACCGAGGCAGGACAGCUGAGCUUCAACAAGGGGGACAUCCUGCAGGUCAUCUCCAAGGUGGAUGGUGACUGGCUGCAGUGCAGCCUCGGCUCUGAGAAGGGACUGGUGCCCGUCAUGUACGUCACCCACCCGGAGGAUGAGGACUAUUGACGUGGCUGGGAGGCCAAGCACAGUACCGUGGGCUGCUGAGGCUCCUCUGGGGAAGCCCACCCUGCCAGAGGAACAGACACAGCUUCUUGCUAGUUUCUUACCUUUCUUGCCAUUACAGAAUACAGUAACCGUAGGUGGUUCCUUCUUGCUCCUCCUCGUGCAGCUGCCAAAGGCCGACUUGGCCCCCGGGGUCUUCUGCGAGCUGCACCUCGUAUUGCCAGGCAUCGCCGUGCAUGCAGCCACACCGGGGACCGCCUGAGCCCCCUCCACCCCACGCCAUCUCCAGCACCCGUAGGCCAUGGACUCAUACAUAGCAGGAACCCAAGCAGUCCCUGCCAGGGC